CAGCCACAGCAUCACAGAAAACACACUCAGCCGAAAGAAGAUGGAAAAAGACAGAAUUAACUUCUCACCAGGAAGAAGUCCUUCUCUCAGAGACGAGCUGAGACAGACGGCUCAGCGUGGUUUCUACCUGAACCCAGCUCCGCUCUACAUAAAGCCCCCAAAGUUCUCCCCCUCCAGAUACCCCACCAGAGACACCUACAGUGCAUUCAGCCCACCUGCUUUCUUUCCCAUGCUUGGUCCUGGUUUCACCCAAAGGGAAGGAUCCCAGAAACGCAAAAGAACUCCUUUCAAAGUCGACGCCCAGGGAGGUGAGUCUCCUGACAGGGAGGCCGAAGAGGCAGAAGAAAGCAGCAGUAAGAAGACGGUGGACCUCGCCCACGUUCCCUUCUCCCUCCCACCUCGCCCCAUUCCCUCCCCAUCUGCAAAACCCAUCCCCGGCAUGAUUGAGCUCAACAGACUGCAGCUUCAUCACAGAUCACCGGGUAUGAAUCUACCUGUGCAGGUGAAACAGGAGCCUCUCAGUCCCUCCCCUGUUUGGCCUCCCUCUCCUCUCCUCCUCCACCCUCCCUACUUCCCAUCUCUCCACCACGGCCUCCUCCCGUACCCCUUCUUCAUGCCCGGGCCCGUCAUGCACCUCUCCCCCGGCGCCUUCUACCCCAGAGAGGACCUCAGAUCCGGACCCCGCGACGGAGCUCCUCGAGGCGGAACAACCAGCGCGGAGAAGCUCGGCCUCAACGUUCACGUGGACGACAGCUACUACGUGGACGUAGGAGGGGACCAGAAGCGAUGGAAGUGUCGGAUGUGUGAGAAGUCCUACACCUCCAAGUACAACCUGGUCACACACAUCCUGGGCCACAACGGCAUCAAGCCGCACGGCUGUCACCUGUGUGGGAAGCUGUUCAAGCAGCUGAGCCACCUGCACACACAUCUGCUCACACAUCAGGGCAUGAGGCCUCACAAGUGCCAGGUUUGCCACAAGGCCUUCACCCAGACCAGCCACCUGAAGAGACACAUGAUGCAGCACAGUGACGUGAAGCCGUACAGCUGCAGUGUGUGUGGUCGAGGAUUUGCGUAUCCCAGCGAGCUUCGUGCCCACGAGCUGAAACAUGAAAAAGGUCAAGAGAACGUGUGCGUGGAAUGUGGUCUGGACUUCCCAACGCUGGCCCAGCUGAAGCGGCACCUAACCGUCCAUCGUGGUCCCACCUUGUACAGGUGUGCAGAGUGCCAGAAGACUUUCCAGUAUCCGAGUCAGCUUCAGAAUCACAUGAUGAAACACAAGGACAUCCGACCGUACAUCUGCAGCGAGUGCGGGAUGGAGUUCAUCCAGUCACACCACCUGAAACAGCACACGCUCACUCACAAAGGGGUGAAGGAGCACAAGUGCCGCAUCUGUGGCCGCGAGUUCACCCUGUUGGCCAACAUGAAGCGCCACGUCCUCAUCCACACCAACAUACGAGCCUACCAGUGCCACAUGUGCUUCAAGAGUUUCGUCCAGAAACAGACCCUCAAGGCUCACAUGAUCGUCCACUCGGACAUCAAGCCGUACAAAUGCAAGCUUUGUGGGAAGGAGUUCAACAGGAUGCACAACCUAAUGGGCCACAUGCAUCUGCACUCAGACAGCAAGCCCUUCAAAUGCCUCUACUGCCCCAGCAAGUUCACGCUGAAGGGCAACCUCACCAGACACAUGAAGGUCAAACAUGGCGUCAUGGACAGAGGGUUGGAUGAAAGACUGUUUCGGCAAAGAGGCCGGUUCUGCCUGUCCACCUCGAUGGGCCUCCUCACCCACUUCAGCCAAGAGGAGCCCUUCGACCUCUCCCAGAAGCCCCCCGGUCUGCCCAGCCUCCGCCUCUCCCAGUCCGAUGGCGAAAGCAUGCCGGGAAGCUCCUGCCAGGAGGAGGAGGACGAGGAGAGCUUGUACAGAAGGAGUCAGUACAGCCCCGAGGUGGACCAGCACGAGCCGGCAGGCGAGGAGCAGUACAUCCCCGAGCUGGAGGAGAGAGGGCCGAGCAAGGCUCAGAAACAGCAGAAGUACCAGCAAAGUUUAGAGGACGAGACGUUUGAGAGGGAGUCAGCAGCAGAGGGAGAACCUGUAGAUCCCAGAGAGAACCAGGUGCGCCGCUCACAGUCAGAAACAUCCUACGAAUCCGACGCAGAGCUAGGCGAGCAGGCGUACGGCCACGAAACAGUCCGUAGGCAGUCGUACGACUAUGAAUCUGUUUCAGAGCUAGAGGACCAUCAGCAGGAGCUAGACGAGGAAAGCAAACGGGAGUCGGAUGGCUUUUACGAGGCCAUCGAUGUGGCAGAGACAAACUAGAAAAGACUGGAGACGGAUUAGUGAAACAGUGGCACACAAGUGAAUUUACGGGUCGCGGGGUGAAAACAAAGACAAGCAAUGAGAUAAAUCAGUCAAAGAAUGAGAAGAAGAUGCAGGUUUUAGGGAAUGUUGAUGUUUUUCUUAACAGGAAAAAGGAGAGGAUGUUCCGCAGACACUCCCCUGAGGAGAGAGGAAAGCGUGUAGGUCUCAAAACACAACUGACUUUGGAGGAUGUGAGCUCGUAGCUUAACCAAAAAAAAAAAAGAAUGUUUAACAUAUUGUGUGUUUUUUUUUUAAAGAGCAAAAAAUAAAAAUAACUGAAAUACAAAGCUGUGAAGCAUACUGCAUGUACAUACACUGAUCAAUAGUCGCUGACUGACAGGUUUGUGCGAAUGGAAGCAUACGAUUAGAAGUUUUUGUAAAUAAAAUGCAAAAAUAUAUUUAAUGUUUUAGUUUUUUACAAAUCAUUUUGCAAUGUUCGCUCAAAUAUGCAACUUUUAUCGUCUAAUCUGUGAUAUAAAAAUCUGUUGUGCAUGCUUUCCUGUACAAAAAGUCUAAUUCACUGGGUGUAGUGAUGUUUUUUAUGUUUGACUGACAACGCAUACGGCAAAGCUUGAGUGUCUUUAUGGAAUAAACUGUGAUUUUUCUUUUAAUUUUCAAAUUUUAGAAUGGUUUAUGUAUAUGAAUUUUAUAUGGGGGACGUCUGGGUUUUUAUGGUAUGUUGUAUGGCAGUGAUCUGAUUGUGAUUCUACAAAAUAAAUGCUGAAAUAAAAGCUUGAACGCGUCAA